GGGAGAGCGUAUCCGCACGGUCCGGCUCAGCGAGAUUUCGGCGUGCAAACAGCUGACAACAUCAGAUAAACUUUUCGUUCUACCACGACAAUCGAUGGCCAACCUCACCGCGCUCGAAGCUCACCUUGCGACCCGCUCUUACAUCGAGGGGUACACUCCGUCCCAGGCUGAUGUGGUCGUCUUCAAGGCGAUCGCCGCGGCCCCGAGGGCGGAGACCAACCCGCACGUCGCGCGGUGGUACACCCACAUCCAAUCGUACGCCGCCGAACACGCAUCGCUCCCUGGCUCCAGCACCGCCGGCGAAUCCUUCCUCGGCGAAUCGGCCCCCGCUGCUGCUGCUGCCGCCCCGGCUGCCGGAGGCGACGAUGACGAGAUCGAUCUGUUCGGCAGUGAUGACGAAGACGACGCUGAGGCUGAGCGGAUCAAGGCUGAACGUGUCGCGGCGUACAACGAGAAGAAGGCCAACAAGCCGAAGCCCGUCGCCAAGUCCGUUGUCACCCUCGAGGUCAAGCCCUGGGAUGAUGAGACCGACAUGGUUGCCCUCGAGGCUGCUGUUCGCUCCAUCGAGAAGGACGGCCUUGUCUGGGGAAGCAGCAAGCUUGUUCCUAUCGGCUAUGGUAUCCGCAAGCUCCAGGUUACGCUUGUCGUCGAAGACGAGAAGAUCUCUUUGGAUGAGUUGCAAGAGCAGAUCGCCGAGUUUGAAGACUACGUCCAGAGCACGGACGUUGCUGCGAUGCAGAAACUCUGAUUGGCGUCGCUCGAGCCGAGCCGAAUGUGUAGAAGUUUUUUCGUGUUGUAGAUCCGUGUAUAACGACUGGGUGCAGAUUGACAUAUCUGACCACGACAUUUGAUCGAGAGAAUAACGCGUCGGCCAAAAUCUCUUGGUCGAGGAUGAUCUCCGCUCCUGGGCCCCCCAUUGGCAGGACGUGUCUGUCCGUUUCCCCCAACCAAUUCCGUCGAAGCGAACGGAGAUAAGUCCUGAUGCAGGUCCACUCGGUAGAUCGGGACACGGGAACGAGCAGUCUGUCUGGACUUGAUGCCAGCGCGCUUGUUUCGUUCCUAAGAAUGCGUCGCGGGAGAACAUGGUAGCCGGUCCACCGCGAGAUGUGUGCUGCACGAGGUCGGCCGGCGGUGCAUCCACCGUUCCGUCUGUGGCCCGCCGUGUUGCAGCGUAGCGCGGGCUCGCCUCGCCUCAUUGAGUUUGCCGCGGGUCCCAGAUAUAGUACUGUACGUGGGGAGGCCCAUCAACUCCGCUGCUCGUGUGUUGUUGUCGUUUUGGCAGAGACCGUUCCGUUCCUUGCUUCCCGUCAAAUCCCAAUAAGGUUCACCGACCUGGCUGGUCGAGAUCGCAUCUGCAACUAACUAUCCGGAGUGGCAACUUACGCAACGGACCUCCUUCGGUGACAGGGACAAGCAAGACUUGGGACCUGCGCUCAGGAUGGGGGCCCGCAGAGCAGGAGCAUUUAAACGGGACGCGCGUGUCAGAGAGACAGUACCUCCUCCUCCCGCCGCGGCCGCCGCCUAGUAUGUUGUCCCCGCUCGAGUGCAUUCCCCACGACGUCCUGCUGCACAUCGCCCUCCUCGCCGCGCUCUCAGGCCCCGGCAUCGUCGCGCCCGACCUGCUCUCGCUGCUGCUCACCUCGCGCACACUGCAUGCUGCCCUCGCCCGCCAGUCCAGCCCGCAUCUGUACGCCGCCGUCUUCAGACGCACGUUCAGCGACGCCGCGGGGCACACCGACGGCGUGCUCGCGGCCGAGCUGGUGCAGCGGUGCCGUGCCAUCCGCCGGUGCACCACGCAGGACGUGUCGCCGCGCGGGCUGCGGCAGGAUCUGUGGACGCUGCUCUGGACGCUGCUGGGCGACGACGGGUGCCACGCGCUGCUGCCGCUCGGCCGCUUGCCCGAAUGCAUAGCCAAGCUCGCGCUGCUCCAUCUGCGCGAGGACGCGUUGACGUCGGACGAGACCAAGGGAUUGAUCGCGUGGCUACUGUGUCUCAGCCUAACACGGGCAAAUGUUGCGCGUCACAGUCUCGAGACGCGGAACGCCCUGGUCGGUCUGGCUCGGCCCUUGAUCAGCGUUCCUGCCAUCACUGGUGCUUCUGCUGCUGCUGCUGCUGGCGAGGAGCCAGUGCUGCACUUCAAUCAGCGCUACUUCGGGCUGAGUCCUCCCGCGCCCUCGGACGGUGCGAUCAUCGUCACCUUCGCGCUCAAGGAGGCCGUAGCGCUCCAGGUGCCGCACCAUCUGCCCCCCACACGUGCCAUUGCCACAGCCGAGCACCGCACGGGGCCCACGACCGAGGACUACCUCGCGUUCCAGCGCACCGGCACCCGGCUGUUCUCCGAUGUCCGGGCGGAGGUUUCUCGGGCGACAACAACAACAGCAACAACAACACCCGCGCCGUCGGCUGCCACUCUAACAAAUCGCGUCGUGUCGCCGUCUGAUCCGUGGUUUGUCCAGACGUUGUCGACCCCGGAUGGACGACCGGCAGCCGUGUCGCAGCCGUAUGCAUCCGGACUGCUUGUCGGCCUAUGGGAAGGGUCGCUAAUGAUUUCAUCUUAUGACGACGUCGCCGACGCCGACAACGACAAGUCUUCUGGCUUCCCGGACUAUCUUUGCCGCACCCCGAUGCAAUGCUACUUCUCAGAGUACCACUGCUCGGCUCCGCAGUGUCCGCUAUCACUCGACUACGACCUGCUGCAGCUCUCACCAGAUCCCUACUCGCCGGAACUCGCCGCCUACCAAGAAGUGAGCGUUCCGUUGUCGGCCCCAGCGAGUGGCGACGCCGCUAUCUUGGAUCGCAUUAUUUUUGGCCAGACGCUGGCGGACCACGAGGAAGCCUGGUCGCCCGGCGGGUUUAAAUUUGCUGGGCGGGUCGACGAUAACGGAGAAAUCGCCUUCUCGCGACGCGCGAAACACGACACGAAUGAGCGAUCUGAGACGUGGAUAUUCCGGGGGCGGGUGCGAUACGGGACGGCCUUUGUGGGGACUUUCAGAUCAUCUGACGAGGCCGCCGGCGUCCGCGGGAUAUUCAGCCUGCGCAAAAAAUACUGAUAGAGACUUGCUUAUCUAGCGUGAAGCCUAAUUUACCCGCCCCAGCAGACGUACUGUAAUUCAGAAAUAUCUAUCCCACCCACUGACUGCAUCAUAUCUGAUAUGCAUUAACUGUGUUUCGCCCGCUCGCCCGCCCACGUAAUAAACAAUCGAAGCGCGCACGCUCGCACCGUCUCGACUUAUCUCGCCCCUCCACUGGUCCAAGAUGUCUACCACCCAUUCCGGGCACACCCUCUUUUUGGGACGGCUCUUUCGUGAGAGUCUGAGCGGGCCUUCGCUGUGAAGAAUCUCCGGACGUCAAGAUGCCCUCCCACGCGGCUGGGCCUGUCGGCGGAGGACCAGCUUGGCCACAUGGCGGCAGGUGCCCAGACCGCGCUCACGGAGAUGCACAAGCACAGGCGCAUCGACGGAUGUGCCUUUUCGCAUGAAGUCAUCAUCAGAGAUCUGCGUCGUGUGGGAGUCAAUCGGCAUGACAGAGACGCGGCAGCGUCCGGAUGAGGGCAUCGGUAGGGCUUAGUACGGACCCGGGGAUUCCACUCGCCCGCCGCCGUCUCUCAUGUCCGAUCAACUGGACUCCAUGCAAUUCACUUCCGCUAAAACCUCCGUCGAUGUCGAUGUAACAGCAGGUCGGCGGCUGGCCGCAUGAAACGGCUGCGUAGCGCGUAAGCGUAAUGGAUGGUGACAGAGGUCGAGAUCGAGUCCAGACGGAAUUGGCGAAGCCGUUCCGGCGCAUCGGUGUGCUGUCCAUCCAUCUCAUCUGCGAGUUUCCGUGCAGGUAAGGCGGGAGCCCCAAAGCGGCAAGUGUUCUUGCCCUGGGGGUGGCUCAUGAGAGCAUGUGAUGUGAUGUAGGUGUUUCGUUGGGGACAACCACUCUUCCAACCCUAGUUACAAGGGUUUCUCGUUCUCGUCAACCACAGUGAUAGAAGGCGGGAUUUGACCGCCGGCUGCCGAUGACCUUGCACGAAUAUGAACUGUGCAUGCCAUAUAUGGCAACUGUGCUCCAUCAGCCGGGGGUAUGCUCUGUGCGCUGCGCUCUGUGCUCUGAUGAGAUGUUCAUGUAGUGUGGGCGCUGUAAAAUGAAAAAGGCCACACGCGACGUCCGGAAGUUGGAAAGCGGGAACUGCGCGCGCGCACACACGGAGAUGCGAUGGUGGCACUCGCCAGUCGCCGGGUUCCGGCUUUCCUCGCUGAGCUGGGGAGAGGCAUAAUGAUGACGCCUACGUCGCAUGCCAGUUCAUUUCUGAUAUCAAUCCAUCACCAGCGGACAUCUGCGAGAAGACCGCUGCCCAACUCGGACGGUGCAUGGCCCGUUUCAAGGUUGCUGUGAUCAUCAUGGGACCGUGUCAAGCACGGCCCAACCCGAGGGCCACCAUCAGCCACGUGACGACAGUUGAACUGGAAGUUGAACGAUCAACAAGGUUCCAAGCUAUUCAGCUAGGCGAGUAUGUAUUGUAUCGAUACUUGUCCGUCACAAACCUUGAUAUUUGGCCGAGGUCUUCCUCGGAGUGGAGCAGGGAAGCCCAUUGGGAAUAGACGAUCAAUCUGCCGAUUGAACCUUGACAAGUCCUGACGACGCCCACAAACCGGGUUCACCCCAAUUCGAACCUCGAUAUCGGGCGAGCCGGAUUGGCUACAGAGUGCCUCUUUGCCGGCUUCUUCACACGUCUUGGACAAGUCCCCGUUUCGUCCUGUCUGCGCGCCUGGACUUGGAGCGCGAGACUCAAUUGUAUUGGUCUGAAUGCCGUGCGCUCCGUGCGAGUCAGUUGUCUGGAUUGCGAACUGCGCCGCCGCCGCCUCUAUAGAGGCCGGUAAAACGGAGACCUCUGUCACAUGCGUUCUCUGCACCUGGUAUGGAAGGUGCUGCUGCUUCCCGCGUUUCGGCAGCGCGGUCUCCACUUCUCUCGGCAGCAG